UUUCCUGCUCCGGGCAGGUGCCCAGGGCGGCUCCGGGCGGCGGUUCCGCGCGGUCCCCCGCGCCGCUCUUUCCGCGCUGCCUGCGCCGGGCAGGGCGCUUCGCGGGCGCUCCAGGCGCGCUGACGGGCGUCCCGUUUGUGCCCAGGUGAUGACGGCGGCGGCAUGGAGUUCCCCGAGCACGGCGGGCGGCUGCUGGGCCGCCUGAGGCAGCAGCGCGAGCUGGGCUUCCUGUGCGACUGCACCGUGCUGGUGGGCGACGCGCGCUUCCCGGCCCACCGCGCCGUGCUGGCCGCGUGCAGCGUCUACUUCCAUCUCUUCUACAGGGACCGGCCCCCGGGCAGCCGCGACACGGUGCGGCUCAACGGCGACAUCGUCACGGCGCCCGCCUUCGGCCGUCUGCUAGACUUCAUGUACGAGGGCCGCCUGGACCUGUGCAGCUUGCCUGUUGAGGACGUGCUAGCCGCCGCCAGCUACCUGCACAUGUACGACAUCGUCAAGGUCUGCAAAGGCAGGCUCAGGGACAAGGACCGAAACCUGGACCUGGAGGCCCCCACCCCUCACGCGGAGCGACCUGGUCAGCCACCAUGUCCCUGGCCUGCCUGGACUCCUGAUCUCUGCCCAGCUGCCCAGAAGACGAAGCUCUCCCAGUCUGGGGUCAAGGCUGCCCUCCCUCUGCGAGCAUCCGGGCCUCCUCCCUGGCCGGCCCCUGGAGAAUCAGACCAGGCCCUGGACCUGUCCCUGAAGCCUGGCCAAAGGCAGGAGGUGGUCCACCCGCCCUGUGUCCUCCGGACACCCCUGUGCAGCCAGCUGCAGCAAGGAGCCCGGCCGCUGGUGAAGGAUGAGCAAGACUCACUGUCUGAACAGGACAGCAGCAGCCCCAGGAGCCCCCACAGCCCCCUGAAGCCACCCUGCGUUCCUGUAGCCAAGGGCCUGGCAGUGGGCUUGGAGCCACUGCCCGUCAGUGGCCGCCGGGAGCUGGAGCUGGAUGCAGAGCGGGUGGUGAGUGGGGGUGAGCUGGGGCCUGGUGGGCACCUCUGCGUCUGCCCGCUGUGUAGCAAGCUGUUCCCCAGCUCCCACGUGCUGCAGCUGCACCUCAGCGCCCACUUCCGUGAGCGGGACGGCCCUCGGACCCGGCUCUCGCCCAGCGGUGCCGUGCCCACGUGCCCGCUCUGCAGGAAGACCUUCUCGUGCACAUACACACUGAAGAGGCACGAGCGGACACACUCGGGUGAGAAGCCCUACACCUGCGUGCAGUGUGGCAAGAGCUUCCAGUACUCCCACAACCUGAGCCGGCACGCCGUGGUGCACACGCGGGAGAAGCCCCACGCCUGCCGCUGGUGCGAGCGCCGGUUCACGCAGUCUGGGGACCUGUACCGCCACGUCCGUAAAUUCCACUGUGGCCUGGUCAAGUCCCUGCUGGUGUGAUGUGUUCCCUGUGGGUCCUGGGGGUGGUGUGGAAGGGAAGGGGCGGGGCAGGUGGGACACUGGACCAGACCAGGUGGGAACGUCUGAGACUGGACUGCGGGACCCACGCCGCAGAAAGAACACUGCCGCUUCCUGGAACAUGGCCUGAGACUCGGGGUGACUCAGGCAGCCUUCCUCCUGCCUUGCCUCCCCUCCCCCCACUCCAGCUCACCCCUGCCCCCAGGCUGUGCCCUGCCCAGACUGUCACAGUCUUCCUCUCCAUCCCCUCCAGCCAAGUUCCCAGGAUGUCCAGCGGGCACCUGGCUUUUGCUCAGGUCCCUGGGUGUGAAGCUGCAUGUUUGUCUUAUGUGGGGGGGGGGGGCGUUCCUUGCCACCUCUCUGUCGUACUGUGAGGGUAUCCUUGAGAGCUUGGCCCCAUGCUAGGUGAAUGAUUCACGCGUCAGAAAAGUUCUUAGUGUGAGUCCCAGUGGGGUGCUCAAAGGGAACAGGCCACUCCUGGUGGGUGGCAGCAGGAACCCCUGCUGGGAAGGCCUAGGGCAGGGAGAGUGCCAGGAGGGGCCAUCUGGGCACAGCUGGUGUCACCACGGGGGUGGGGGGGGAGUGUAGCCCCAGCGGGGAUCCCAGACAGCAGGAGUGGAGCCAGCUAGAAGCUGAGCGGCUCUGGAGCUGCCGCCACUGGGCUGGGACAUUGGUCCUGAGCGCACGGUAACUGUGGGCAGAGACAGCGGGAAUCUGGAAAUGGCUUCUCCUUAGACCCAGAAAGAGGCUCCCUGAGGUGGCCAGGUGCCUGCUGGUGGGCCACCGCUGCGCUGCCCUCUUGCCUGAGUGUGGGUCUGGGGUGCCCCUGAGUGUCUCCGGAGGUGGGAUCAGAGGGGACGACAGCAGCCCCCACCCUGAGCCGGGCUCUGUGGGUCCAGGCUGCUGCUGGGCCAGGUGGGCCUGGCCCUAAAGGUCACUCUCCUCCCUGGAGCUGUGGUCAUUUCCAGGGCACCGAGCAGGGGCCGCAGUCUGCGGUUUGCCAGGAGCCCAGGAGCCCAGGAGCGGUGUUUGCAGGGCCCCCUGUGGGGUCCGCGUGGUGCAGUGGGGAGGGGGAGGCUGGCACUCACGGAACGUGUACAGCCAGGCCCUGCGUUUGCAGUUGGUUUGGGUCCCCUGCUUCCCCCACCUACUCCCCAAGCAAAUCCUGCCCCGGAACCUCACUGGGGUGGUGCGGGGUGGGUGAGGGGCAGGGGGAGCCUGGCCCCAGCUUCUGGGGGUCAGCAGUGGUUUCCCCACACCACCUGGCCUGGGUCUGCUGUGACUGGAAACGGCGCAGAGGACAGACUGUGGCCAAGACUGUUAUUUUCUCUCCUCCUGACACUGGAUGUCGUAUUUCUAUGUCUGCCUCAUCUGGAGUGGAAGCACAGCUGGCCUGCAGCAGGUGAACACUUCCAAGGUUCACCCCGUGCGCCGGACUCCCCAGGUGUGCACCGGGCGGAGAGCCCCUGGCGGGGAGCCCGGUGCCUCCUGGUGAUGCUCGGUGGCUGGGGAGGGGCCCCUGCUCUGGCUGUCCUGACCUCGACCCCCGCCUCAGGCAGGGCCGGUGGGACUUUGCACCCCGUGUGAUAUGCUCCAUGAUCGGGGGUUUCCGUGAGUGUGUGUGUGGGUGUGUCCGUGUCUGUCUGUCUGUCUGUCUGUCCAGCCCGUGGCGGGGCCCAAGCCCUGCAGAUGGGCGGCCGCACGUCGGCUGAGCGGGGAGAUGUGGCCCUGCCCACCGCUGUGGUUUUUGUCGGGGAAGAACUUCCCUUUCCUGGGCAGGGAAGCCUGCCUUGGGUUAUCAACACUGGAGUCUGUUUUCUGCACACAGGUACUGUGAAGUUAACGUGAAGAGAAGUGGUCACUUUUAAUUUAGUCACCGACACGGUUCAGAUGCAAUGUGUACUCGUGCAUGUGUGUGAGACGCUGACUGGCAGAGUGCGGUGCGCUGAGGCCCGUGGGCGCUGCGGUUCCCCCGGCCAGCCCAGCCCCUGCCCCAGGUCUCGCUGCUGCUCUGCCCCUGGGGAUUGGAGGGUGGCUCGGGUGACCCCAGAGGACAGUUGUCUGUGCUUAGCGUUUGGCGGGAAGGUCUUAUUUGCACGGACCCGCCUGCUGUAGCCGUGACAGUCAUGGAAAUGAGUGCUGUCUUCCUAUUCUCACGUGGUGACAGCAGUGAAAAUAAAGCCCACCCAGGUGGC